AUUCACUUUACAAAAGUCAUGUUUGCUUGAGACCUGUAUUCUAUCCUUCAAUUUGGCGUCCCUCGUGCAAUCCAUCUGCCUGGUGAUGACUCUCAGCCACCUUUGGAUAUGGCGAGAUCCAGCGCUCGCUCUCAGCGCAAGCAAGCUCGCCUGAGCUUCACUCCACUGCCAUCCUCCUCCCCCGCAACCAAAGGCUACCAUCCUCAGAUUCGCGAUCGCGCUGCAGCAGUGACCCUGGAAUCCAAGUCGUCAGGAUGGCCCGGCGCCAUGCCUACACCCGCGGCCACGGAACAGCGACGCUCGGAUCCUGCGCAUGACGAGAGCGACAGUGACAGUGACAUCCGUCCUACACACCGCCGUCUCACCUCGGGUGACAAGCGUAAGCCCAGCUCGAGACAGGCCCGACUGGACUUUUCAAACGCACGCCACCCGGACACCUUCAGCUCACCAAUCAGACUCUCUUCCCCGGCAAGAACACAGUCUUCCGGCAAAUCAGCGGGCAUGUUUGGCAAAGCCCGAUCUCGUGUCAUCGAUGUUUCUAGCGACGACGAUUCCGAUCAAGGCCUCCCCUCUCCUAGCGCUCUUGUUCCACAGCAACGAGGCGACGAUGCGCCAGAAGUUCGCAGCAGAAAGAGAAGGACACGGAGCACCGCCAAGACGACUGCAACAGACUCAGCUUCAGAGGACGACAACAUCACAGUCCUAGCGGCUCCUCGUUCUGUGGUUGCCUUGGAAAGUGAAGACGACGACGACGAUAUGCCUACGUCGACGGGUACUCAACGUCGCAAAAGAGCAAGACGCGCAUCGCCAGACAGCUUCAUCGCUUCAUCCCCACCGAGAGUGAUAGACAGUGACGAUGAUCUCGAAAUUGUUAAGCAACCAAGGAAGAGAAGACGCCAAGCGGAAGAGAGCAGUAACGAGAAGGACGAAGAGUCAGUGACACCGGCCAGGCAAAGGGGCAAGAUGCGAAGAAAGCUCAGCCAGCGUGAGCAGGAGGAGCUGGAGGAUGAGCUGGACGGCUUGGGGCCUAGUUCCGAUGUUGAGGCGUCUGCCCGCAAGGCUCGCAACGACCAGGCUGCAAAGAAAAAUGUCAAGCAGCAAGCCCUCGAAAAACUCAAACGUAUGCGAUCCGGACAAGCGAAGGGCACGAGUCAAAUGCAGGAGGAAGAUGACGCGGUAGAGCCUCAGCCUGGUUCUGACGCGUCCUCUCAGGGAGAUGAGAACUACAGCGAAGAAGAAGAUGUCCACUCCCGCCCUGUCCGGAGCUCCCAGAUGUUCGAAGAGGAUGAAGAUGACGCCAACUUCAUCGAUUCUGAGGAUGAGCCGGGCAACCCCCUCGGCAUCCCAGAUGGUCUACCCCUGGAAUAUUCCCGAUACGCUUCCAAGAAGCCAAAGGAACUCUUCCCUCACGCAGUAGAAUGGAUGGUGCAAAAGAAGAUCAACCCGGCCUUCCAAAUGAACGACGCCAUCUACGACCUCACCUUUCGGAAGCUCGACGAUGAAGUCACUGGCCUCGCUGGAUCGAAGUUCAAGUCGUCCGUCUGGACGUCUGACUUUACCCUGAGUCUCAACUCCCGUCCCACCAUCGCCUUUGCGUCCAUCGAUCGCAGCGAAGGCGCAAACUGGAUGCGCGAUCAUUGCGAUGCGUGCAACCGCAGCAAUCAUCCUGCCACUUUUCAAAUCCAGUUUCAGGGACGACCGUACUACCGCAAAUCCCUCGAGGAUGUCGCUGAGGACGACUCCGAUGACGACUCCGACUCCGAAGACGACUCUAAUUCAAGAAGCGAAGAUCCCGACAAGCCAUCGCACGACGAACAAGGCCGUCAAGUCCCUCCCCCCAGCAAGACCUACUACGUCGGCAAGUUCUGCAUGAGCAAUGCCCACACCGCACACUCGCUGCAUCACUGGCGAUACCACCUGAACGAAUGGGUUAUCGAGUGGCUGACGCGGAAUGGGUACAACAACCCCGACGAAGUCGUCAAGAGGGAUGCGUGGAGCACGAAGAAGCGGAGGAAGUUUGCGAACAAAAUCACCGACAGGAUGGAGAAGGAGGGCGUGAUUAAGCAGUUGUAUCGCGAUUACAGGAAGAACAUUGACGAGGCGCGGAAUAGCAAGCAAGGCCGAUACGGAGACUGAUUUGGUAUGGGGCAAACAGCGCGUUAAAGGUAGAAGGCUGCUUGGAACAGCCACAACGCCUUGAUCAUGAUUUGGAUAUGAGACACACUCGCUAUUGGACGUAUGCGUACCAACGU